GGCUGCUGUCGACGAGCUCGCCAGGGCCGAUGCCGAUUCGGGCGUCCCGCCCGAGUUCGACGACGCGGACUGGCAUCCGAGCAGCGGGUCUCGCCCGUUGGGUUCACCAGGCGAUUGGCGCAGCUGGGACAAGGAUGGGUUCUACGAGGACUCCGACUCUGAUGACUCAGCCUCCGAGCAGCUUGGCCCGGAGGAGCACGUCAUUGCCAGCCACGAGACCUGUGACAGAGGUCAGCCAGCAGCCAGCGGGGCAACAACGCAGGCAGAGAGCGAGUACUUCUUGGAGGUGAGCAAAGUGACACGUCCUUCUGCGAUGAUGUACGACAGGUGCUUUCGGGGACUCCAGACUUGGGCCAGCGACAACAGCCUGCCACUGAGCACCAGCGACGACAUCUCCACAGCGAUGCUCGAGUAUUUAGAACACCUGUACUUCUCGGGCCACAACCACGACUCGGGCGAGAAGGUGAUCGCAGCUCUCGAGUACAGGGCGCCUGGGAUCCGCAGCGGCAAAGUGCUAGAGCGGGCCAAGAUGGCGCUGAAAGCCCUCCACAUGGGCGAGCUGGAGUUCGGCCAGUGCCUGAUCUUCUUGUUCCGCACGUACCUGAGGCCGAGCGAGUGCUUGUGGCUGAAACUCAACCAGCUCAUCCCGCCGUUGCCCGGCCCGGGCACGAGGUACUGGGCGCUGUUGUUGGCCCCCGAGGAGGAGGCGAUCCCCACGAAGACCAAUGAGUUCGACGAGAGCCUCCUGCUCGACAGCCCCGAGCUGGUCUUCCUGUACCCGCGGUUCUCGACCUUGAAGAAGCGCUCUGGCCACGAGAACGUAUGGUCCUUCGACGAUCGGAGAUUCUCGAGCCUUUUCAAGCGGGUCGCCGAGCUCGCGGGACUAGGCCAGUCGAACCUCCACCCGUACAUGAUGAGGCACGGCGGCGCCAGCGACGACGCCCUUUGCCAGACUCGCAGCAUGGGGAGUUGCGUCGAGGGAG